ACAAAAACAUGUGAGUGGUAUAGGACAUACUGUACAGUAGUUUUCAGGGUUAUAUUUUUGGCCUUUUUUGUAUACAGGAGAGACAUGGACAGUUUUCCAGUCAUCUGGAUUAACACCUGUUUUAACUGACUUCACAAAGAUAAUGAUAAAAUGGUUUUCCGAUCUGCCAUAUACAAAACCAUGUAGGUAAAUCUAGACAGUUGGGUCAUCGAACAAGAAAAAUGAAGGCACUGUUUAUUCUGCUCAUAGUUAUUCCUGUUGACGCUGUUUUAUAUUCUGACGUGAAACGUUUGAAUGAAUAUCUAUUGGCGAAUUACUCCAGACGUUUACACCCCAGAAUCAACCUUAGUGAACCAGUUACAGUAAAUGUCGAUCUUUACUUGAACUCAGUAAUCGAUUUUGAUGUUUUAACCGGAAUUUUGACGUUCGCUGGAACGUUUGUAUUACAAUGGAACGAUGAACAAAUUGCUAUGAGGUGGAAUAAUUCUGAAUUCAAUGACAUAGCUAUGACACAACUAAAUGUACAUGAAGUAUGGGUUCCGAAGAUUUAUAUUCGACAUAUGGUGGAACAAACUUCAAUCUUUCAGUUCAGCAGUUCGUUUGAUAGUGAUUCAGCAUUUGUAUCCUUUUUGAAAAAUGGAACAGCCAAGACAACGCUGCUAGCGAUCCUUCGGACAAGUUGUUCUACGGAUAUAACCUAUUAUCCGUUCGAUAAUCACAAAUGCGAUAUUUCGUUCGUACCACUCAACUUUUACAGCACCGUUAUUCCGAGAACUUCAGCAACUACAAUAUUAAAUAUUUACACUAUUGAAAAUUCUGAAUGGAAAUUAUCAUCUUCAGUUUAUAAUGACAUUUCAAAUGGUCCCAUUUUAAACGUCAUUUAUGUUUUGAAUUUAACUCGAAAACCGUUUUUUCUUGUUCUUAAUUUAGUUUGUCCAUCUAUUAUUAUAUGUACCGUAAAUAGUUUAUCAUUCUUGAUACCAGUAGCAUCAGGUGAGCGAUUGUCUUUCUGUGUUAGUCUUCUGUUAACAUACAUUGUUUUUUUGACAACUGUUUUGGACAAACUUCCAUCUACGGACACUGUGUCGUUGUUUAAUGUAUUUGUGUUUGUUCAGCUCAUUUAUAGUAGUUUGACUGUUUUGGGAAUAGUUAAAACACUUGGAUACUAUCACUAUGAAGACAACAAAGACGUUCCAGUGGUAUAUAAACACAUUGUUAGAUAUUUUCUUCGUUGCCAUUGCAAAGUCAAGAUUUCCCCCAAAACGACGACUUCGUCAAAAACAUCCAAUGAAGACCAUCCUUCUCUUGCAUGUAAGAGCAAUGUUGACCAAAUAAAUCAUAAAGAAGGAGAUUUGAAAAAUAAUGAUAAUAAGGAUGACUCGGCAGCGCCUCGCAAUAACUACGAUAAUAUUGCAUGGCGAGACGUAGCAACAGCUUUGGACAGAAUUAUCAAUAUGAUAGCUACAAUUGUUGCUGUGUUUAACAUUGUUGUGUUAUUGAUAACAAUGAUUAGAUUGCACGAAUCAUGA